CAAAGGACGCAAGUGACGGUACAGUUCAUUCCUUCCAACAUCAGCGAGAGAAAGAAACACAACUUGUUCCAUUUACAAAGAUUUUCAUUCCAAUCACGAUCAAGAAACCCUAUCCAUAGAUUUUAGUAUAUCGCUCUACGAAGAAAUGAGUAUGUGGGAGAUAUUCUCCGAUGCGGAUGCCGACGAUAACCGUUACAAAUGGCGGCAAAUCAACACCACUUCGAAUCAUGUUAUGAAACCUUUAGCCCCUCAAGAUGAAGAAAACAUGAUAGAUGAUAGUUUUGGAUUCUCAAAUUCUCUUUUCAAGACAGCUUCAGGAAGAAAAGUUACUCUAUCUUCUAAUGGUCUUGUUAGAGCAAAGACGUUACUAGGAUUGGGAUUGCAAGAAGAAAUCAUUGAUAGUAAUAAUCAUACCCCUAAGAAUGCCAAGAAUUUUCAUGGUUUUGAUGAAGAAUCACCUCCUUUAGUUAGCAAAUCGAAGAAUGGUUUUGAGAAUAAAAUUGUGCAGAUAGAGAGUGGUAGUGGUUCUAAGAAAGCUCCGAUUAAAUUUCAAACUCCUCAGAGUGCAAGAAGUUUUAAUGCUUUUGAAGAAGAAUCACCCCAUUUACAGUGUAUGAAAAGUUGUAAAAUGACGAGUGCCGCGUCAUUUCAAAGUCCUUUAGUUGGUAGAUCGAAUAGUGGUUUUGAGAAUAUAAUUGUGCAACCAGAUAGUGAUAGUGGUGCUAAGCAAGCUCAAUUUAAAUUCCAAACUGCAGCGGGGAGGUCAUUAUCCAUUUCCAGUGAUGCCUUGAAACGCGCUAGGAGCCUUCUUGGUGACCCUGAUUUGGGAGAUUUCUUUGAGGGAGAGGAUUCACUUUUCUUGUCUUUGGAUAUGAGACAAAUUAGCAAAAUCACAUCCUCUGUUGGUCAUCAAAAGACACCAGAAAGCAAUAAAAAUCACGUGACAAAAAGUUUCACAUACCCUUUGCAGCCUUCCAAACAAACAGAAUUUUCAAAUAAGUUGCUUGGCCAUGAAGGUAAUGGGAAUAAUUUAAUCAUGAAAUUUGAUGAUGUUGCGAAUGAAAGUGAUUAUGGCUGUAAAAGUAGCAACACUCUUGAAGUUGUUGACUUGACAAGAAAAAGUUCUUCAUUGGGUACGACAUUUUUUGAUGUUUCCAGUACUACCAAGACAACUCCUACAUUUAAUAAACAACCUGCUAUUGGGAAAAGGAGACUAGGAUUAACUGCAAAUGUUUCUUCUUUCAAAAAGCCUCGCAUUUCCAAAACUUCUGCCUCUGGUGACCAACAUGUCCAAAACUUUCAUAAUGGUUUGUCUAAAUUAUCAUCUGGUGCUUCUGGAUGCAAAAGAAAGGUUUCCACCCGAUAUCCAUCUCGGAAUGCAAGGAUACACAUCAAAGAAUUUUUUGCAGUUCCUCCAUUAAUGAAAAAAGUGCAUUUUCCGAACCCGGUCAGACAGGUGACAUCUGGUAAUGCAGGAGAGUACAUAUUCCAUGAUGGCUCCGAUGAUAAUGGUAUUGGAGGAGAAGCUUUCAUCCAUCUAUUGGCACAACAUGGGGCUUCCCUGCAUUUUGCUUCAAAAGAGUGGGUAUUGAAUCAUUACAAGUGGAUUGUAUGGAAACUGGCAUGCUAUGAGAGAUACUAUCCAGCUAGGUGUGCGGGAAAAUUUCUGACUGUAUCAAAUGUGCUUGAGGAACUGAAGUACAGAUAUGAAAGAGAAGUGAAUCAUGGCCACCGGUCUAUCAUCAAGAAAGUUCUUGAAGGGGAUAUAUUGCCUUCUUCAAUGAUGAUCCUUUGCAUAUCUAGCAUUCACUCAAAUCAUGUGAUGGAAAGUGGGACAUUAUUUCAGGCACAAACCGGGAAUAAGAGCAGGGAGGCAGUAAAAGUUGAACUAACUGAUGGAUGGUAUUCUAUAAAUGCCAUUUUAGAUGCUCCAUUGUCAAAGCAACUGGAUGCUGGAAGAUUAUUUGUAGGACAGAAGCUUCGGAUCUGGGGAGCAGAAUUAUGUGGCUGGAACGGGCCAGUUUCACCCUUUGAGGUGUCAUCAACAAUUAGCUUAUUUCUUCACAUAAAUGGAACAUAUAGAGUUCAUUGGUCAGCGCGGUUAGGAUUUUGUAAAGUUGCCGGUCCGCCUUUGGCUUUCAAAUGCAUAAAAAACAAUGGAGGUUUAAUACCUCAGACCUUGGCAGGAAUUACCCAUAUAUAUCCCAUUCUUUACAAAGAAAGAUGCUCAGCUGUUGUGGAUAACAUUGUUUCGGAGUAUCAGAAGGAAAGAACGAGUUCACAUGUUUAUGAUCACGAUGAUAGUGAAGGGGCUAAGAUUUAUAUGAUGUUGGAGACAGCUGCAGAACCUGAAUUCUUGAUGGCGGAUAUGACUCUCGAGCAGCUUCGUUCUUUUGCUGCGUAUAAGGCCAAAUUAAAUGCAACUAGACAAUCACAAUUGGAAAGUUCGAUUGAGAAAGCUUUGAAAGAUUCUGGCUUGGGAAACCGAGAUGUGACGCCAUUUAUGAAAUUGCGGGUCGUUGGAUUAACUUACAAAAAUCGACAAGAUAAGCCUAAGGAAGGCAUAAUAACAAUCUGGAACCCAACACAGAAGCAGUGUCAGGAGCUGGCAGAGGGAGAAGCAUAUGCAAUUGCAGGACUCACACCAUAUGGAUCUGAUCCGGAUGUCCUUCAUUUGCAGACUAGAGGAUCUACUACCAAGUGGUUGCCAUUAUCUUCUAACGCAAAGGAACAGUUUAGGUCAUUUUUCAAUAGUCGGAAAUCAAUCCCAUAGUCAAGUUUGUGUGACAUCCCUCUUUCCAGCGAGUUCGAUAUUGUUGCAUUUGGUGGUGAUUGUCUAAAGAUAUGUGCAGGUUGUUCAACUGUCUACGUGUUUUGGAAAUUCAUGACCACAUUGACGUAGUUAAUAGUUAACAGGACUUUUGAAAAAUAUAAUGUUAGUGUGUUCCUUUUGAAUAUCACAAGAUGAGUAAUGUAUUUAUCCACGAGAUAUUGAUAAACUCGGAUUCGUGAUAUAUAUUAUGGUAUGUAUUUCAUUUAGAUUAUGAUGGUAACAAUUUCUAC